AUGUCGGUCAGAAAUCACAAUCAGCUACCAAAUAAUUUACCUCAGUUACAGAAUUUAAUCAAAAGGGAUGCAGAAUCAUACAAAGAUGAAUUCCACCAGCAAUAUCAGCAUUUUAUUUCAAAUCUGGAAGUGUUCAAACACAAGCCUGACCAAUAUUCCAAGACCUUAGAUGAACUUAUUAUGUUCCUGGCACAAAUCUCUCAUUGUUUUACUAAAGAACUGGUUGACUUUCCACAAUAUGUUAAAAGUCUAUUGUUGAAUUACUCCACCACCUUAGAUCCUACUAUGCGAAUGACUAUGUGUCGAGCUUUGAUUCUCAUGAGGAACAAAGGUUUGGUGCCAGCUGUUGAUGUCUUGGAGCUGUUCUUUCAGUUAUUUCGUUGCAGUGAUAAAGUUCUGAGAGAAACUCUUUACAAUUAUAUUGUUUCUGAUAUCCAAAAUGUCAAUUCUAAACAUAAAAAUGCAAAACUGAAUUCGACACUGCAGAAUUUCAUGUUUGAUAUGCUUAAAGACAGCAAUGUUGUUGCAGCCAAAAAAUCACUGGAUGUGAUGAUUGAACUUUAUCGAAGAAAAGUUUGGAAAGAUGCAAAAACUGCUAAUGUCAUCAGUACUGCAUGUUUUUCAAAAGUGACAAAGAUUAUGGUUGCUGCUAUUAAGUUCUUCCUUGGAGUUGACAGCAAUGAUGAAAGUGACAGUGACAGUGAUGCUGAGGACAAAGGCAGCAAGAGAAAUGCCAAUGAACUUCUUUUAAGUCACAGAGUUGGUAAAAAGACAAAGAAGAGACAAAAAAGACUCAAUAGAGCUCUUGAGGUGCUCAAGAAACAUAAAAAGAAAAAGAAGCGAGGAGAAUUGUAUAAUUUCUCAGCACUUCACUUGAUUCAUGAUCCCCAAGAUUUGUCUGAACGCCUUUUCAAGCAGCUAGAAAAAUGCAAUGAAUAUUAUGAUGUUAAGAUUAUGAUGAUUGACUUCAUCUCACGACUUGUUGGAAUUCAUCAGUUAUUUCUCUUAAAUUUCUAUCCGUAUAUCCAAAAGUUCCUGCAACCUCGAACAAAAGAUGUGACAAAAGUUUUAUUAUUUGCUGCACAAGCUACCCAUGAUCUUGUACCUCCAGAUUUGAUUGAAAACCUGAUCAAGACAAUUGCUUACAAUUUCAUCACAGAGAGGAAUUCCAGUGAUGCCAUUGCAGUUGGCCUAAAUGCAGUGAAAGAAAUCACAGCUCGUUGUCCCCAUGCCAUGACUGAAGACCUGAUCCGGGAUCUGGCUCAGUAUAAAAACAGCAGAGAAAAAGCUGUGUCCAUGGCUAGCCGAGGUCUGAUAAUGACAGUCAGACAACUUAAUCCAAGCAUUCUGCACAAGAAAGACCGAGGUCGAAUCACUGAAGCAAUGCAAGAGACGGAACUUCUGCCUUAUGGUCAUCCACAUGCCAAAGAUUAUCUUCCAGGUGCUGAGGUUCUGGUUAGAGAAAAAACUGACAGUGCAAAUGAGAAUGGAGAAACGAACGAAGGUGAAGAUGAAGAGUUUGGUUACAUUGAUGAAGUACGUGAGCAAAAUAAGGCUAAUGAAGAAGAUGAGGAAGAAGAUGAAGGGGAGGAGGAAGUAGCAGAAAAAGUGGCAGAAGGAGAAGAGGAGGAAGAAGAUGAGAAUAAUGAUGGCUGGGAAAUAUGUAGUAGUGAGGAAGAAAUGGACGGCUGGUCAGAUAAUGAUGAGGGUUGGAUUGACGUAGAGCACUCGGAAAAGGAAGAAGAGGUACAAGAAAUGUCCACUGUAAAAAACAAAAAGAAUAAGAAAAAUAAAGACGGAAUCAACAAACUGCAAUCGCAAAAGGUUCAGAUAAGUCUUGAAGAAAAGAAGAAGAAAGCCCAAUUUGUAUCAGACCAGAAAAUUUUCUCUCAGAAUGACUUUGACAAAAUCAACAGAGCUCUGGUACUCAAGAAUCUUGAUCCUAUUCAGCGCAAACGCAAACGAGAUGAACAGGCUCUUGAAGAAGAAAUGAAAGAACGGGGAGAAAUUCUUGAUAUUUCAACUAUUGAAAACAUCCACAAGAAAAGAGCUCAUGACAAAGAUUCUCGUCUUUCAACUGUCUAUGCUGGAAGAGAUGAAAGAGAGAAGUUUGGUCGUUCAAGACCCAAGAUGAAUCCAAAUGCAAGUAAAACCAACAAAGAGAAGAAGCGAAACAAAAACUACAUGAUGGUCAAACACAAACUGAAUAAAAAGCAAAAUAAACGAUCUUUCAGGGAUAAACAGGUUGCUCUCAGAGAUGCUUUGUUGAAAAAGCAGCGAACAAUGCGGAAAUAA